GCAAGCCACAAGACCAAGACAAGCAAGCCGCAAGACCAAGACAAGCAAGCCGCAAGACCAAGACAAGCAAGCCGCAAGACCAAGACAAGCAAGCCGCAAGACCAAGACAAGCAAGCCGCAAGACCAUGUUAGGAGGAGCUAUAGCCUAUAAGGUGACCCAUAAAUGGGUUCCAGCACAGGCCAAAUGACUAGUUUCCCCUUGAUGAAUCAUCCAACAUCAACGUCAGCAACCUCAAUCACAGUGCGUCAAAUGACUAAGUUCCUCUUUGGCGAGUCAUCUAAGACUGAUCAACUACUCGAGGGAGCCUGGGUGACAAUUGCUCGUUCUGAAUUGAUGACAUGUCCGCUGGACCAUCUUGCUCUACCAAGGUACGCUCUCAAGGAGGCGUUCACUGGGAUUACAGACGUGUCGAAGAUUAGUCGCACAGCCUUAGAUCUGGUGGAGCUACAGCCGCAGCCAAUAACGGGAUUCCCGAUAGACUGUUUAAACGUCAUGGCAAUGGUCGAGUGAGAAUGCUAAAGACGGCUAUGUUAAAGACAAUCUAGACUCACUUUUAUCUGUUUCCAGAAACUUAGGAAUUUAAUUUGCCUUGCCCAGCUGGCAUAAGAGGUGCGGUCCUUAGGGCUGGGGUUUUCCCCGUGUUUUCAAUGUGUAUAAGUGCUGCGGAGCACAUAGGGGUUUUUCACCCUUUGGAAAUUCCGCACGCCCUCUUUUCAGAUAUUAUCUAGACAAGGUAUCAGUUUUUAAUAUGUAAACACUGACUCACCCAGUAUGUUUGUAAAUACAACUAAUAAAUGCGCUUCUCAGCCGAGCACACGACAAAUA